AUGGACCAGGAGUCCCUGGACCGGACGGCCGACGUGGUGCUCAAGGUGGAGCCCGGCGUGAAGAUUCAGGCGCACUCGCAGAUCCUUGCCCUCCACAGCGGCGUGUUCAGGCGCCUGUUCGCGGACCUGGGACUGGGGCAGCCCAACAAGAAGAUGGUGGUGCCGCUGCACGAUGACACCACAGCGGAGGAGCUCGAGGAGCUGACACGGUUCCUGUACAGCAGGGACGAGCAGCUGAACAGCGCAGGAGUCUGGGAGUGCGCAAGUGGCAGAUGGCGCUUUUGUCUGGCAUAG